GUGCGUUUGACCCGAACAUCCCCGAGGAGGGGCCUUCAGCGCCCCCCCCUGGCUGGCUGGAUGAUGUCCACGGAUACCAGGUCCCCAAAGGAGAGGGUGACAACCCACUGUAUCCACCCCCCCCUGCCUAUAACCCGCAGCCAGAACUCAACAAGAACACUCUGGUUCCCAACGUCAGGGUCCCCACGGUGUCGGAGGAUGUGGCCAGAGAUGCCUUGCUCAAGUUUGUGGAAUCCAAAUGGAGAUACAGCUCCAAACCUGCCAGGAACCUCACCUUCAAGGAGCUGAAGCCCGUCACGGUGUACCGGUAUCGCCUGGAGACCUACACUGAGACCAGAACCAGCGCCUGGCAGUUUGAGUCCUACAGCGGACAGAUGGUGGACGGUCCCCAGUUUGGGAUGAGUCCUCCACCGUGGGACAUUCCCGUCUCCCUGCCGGCGAGGUACACCGACCGGGUGGAGAAGGUCCGCGUGCCGCACUCGUCCUUCGUCAAGCCCUGUCACAAGUGUAACGGCUGUGGAAGAACUCGCUGUGGUAACUGCCAUGGACGAGGCCAGGUGAGAUGUGAAGAUGAAUCCAUAAGUUUUCAACUAUGAAAUAAAUCAUUGUUAUAACUAUUUAAUUAUAAUCAACUAUUCUGAUAAUUGGAUAUUCAGUUUGAGACAUUUUUUCAU